CCCAGAAUCCUCAGCUGUGGGAGAGUCAGCAUAAAUGUGUGAGCCUAGGAGGGGUAGCUUCACAGAGGCAGACAAAGCCAAGCGCGAUACUGUAUCACCGCAGCCUCACGAUAGCAUCUCUUCUUACCUCUGAGGCAUCAGCACUUACACAGUGAUAAUGCUGGACACUGCGAGCAGCCAGUACAACUCCUUUAUGUUUUGGAAACUUCCAAUCCCAGAGUUGGACCUGUCUGAGCUGGAAUGCCUGGGCUUUGAAGACCCUAAAAAGAAACAGUCUUCUUUCGACAAGAAAUCUGGAGACGAAGAAGACAUCCUGUCACAGUACACCGCCUUCAAUUACUGGAGGGCCCCUAUUGCCAGUAUUGACAGCUUGGACUUUGACCUAAUUUGAGGGAUUUUCCGUAAUCACAUCUGCCGCCUUAACUCUCCCGGCAAAAUUUUAUUGUUAAUUUAUUAAUUUAUUUAUGUUUUGUAAGACACUGAAGGUUUUUUAAAAACAAAAGGUUUAAAGCUGAUAUUUUAUGUUUUAAAUGCCGAUUUAGCACUUGAUUUGCAUAAUGUUGCAGAACAUCCAAAAAUCGAACAUUUCACUAAAAAAGGUAAAA